UUUUUCACCUCAAAGUACAAACGUCAAUUUUUCAUUUUGUAAAUAUUGCAAAAGUAGGUUUUGCUAAUAAUUCAUUAACAUGUCUUUUUUAACUCGAGCGAACUGUUUAGCCAAAAAUGUAAUAUUGUCAACAUUCGUACGAUCUAUAUCAACAACAAAACAUUUACAACUUAAAGAAUUGCAUGAACGUAAAGAAGGAUCUACAUUAAUUGUGGAAGGAGUGACAGUGCCUUCUCCGCAUACAGAGCUGUUAAUACGAGCGGAGAAAAUCAAAGAUUUAGCUCCUGUCGAAAAGACAGAGCAUACUUGCUAUAUGUGUGCUUUGGACCUAGAUGUUAAGCAUACAGACGUCUUGAUCUUAAGCCAGUUUGUAAGAACAGACGGUUGUAUGUUGCCGCGGCGUAUCACAGGGCUCUGCCGUCGGCAACAGAAGAAAGUUGGAAAAAUGGUUUCAAUGGCUCAGAAAGCGGGUCUAAUGAUCAACUUGACACCAUCAUACUGUAAAAAGGAUCCAAGGCAGAGAUAUGCAUACAAAAAGUUCAAUACAUACUUUGAUGAAAACACUAUAUUCAUGAAGAAAAUACCCAAGCCUGUUGAUAAAUUUAAGCGAUGAAUUAAUUAGUACAUUAAUAAUGUAUAAUAAAUUUAUCUAUAAAUAUUGUGAGAUUUAAUAAACUUUGCUAGAAUGUA